AUGGCGACUAACAUCGAGUUAGCCAUCUCCUCUGUCCUGCAGCGCGGCGAGCCACUCAUCGUCGCAAACGUCCUCGUCUCGUAUCUCAAGAUUCUCGGCUACAUGGCCCCGGACACUCGCGAACUUACCGUGCCCCACGAGGCCCUCGUUGCGUUCGAACAUGCACUGGAUAAGGAGCCCGUCCUGAGCCUUCGCCAUGGGGCAUCGCAGACCCAGUGCACGGUCAUUCGCCGGCGCAUGUACACCGCAGAGAUCGCGGAGCUGCGCAAGACGUACUGGAAGGAGCGCCUCGGUAUGACGAGUGCGAUGCGUUGUACGUGUCCUUCGUGUGGGAGCACUUUGACGUAUAGGAGAGACGAGCUGGAAGAGAAAUUGGUGGAUGCGGUCAGCUCGCAGAGGUUCAGUAAGGAUGGUCGUCGAAAACUGAAGAAGAAGAAAGUCAUAAAACGUCGUCAGGACCUGAAGGGCAGCAACCCACCACUGGACCCGUAUGGUCCAUCUACGAGCGCGUUUGGCUGCAAGACUCUCACCGCCUUCUCCCUGUCUAUUUCCUUACAGCCCAAGGCGACACGAGAAGGGGUGCGAGCAACCUCUAUUGAUGACCUUGGUGGAAUGAGCAAGUCGUCUCAGAUGUUACCGACCCUUCGUCAUGCCCUGCUCCCUAUAGAGGUCUGGGAGAGCAUGUUCAACCACAUCAUCGGCGACUUCUACCUCGACCACCGACAAAAGGCGGAGAUGCUACGAGCCUGCUCAAUGGUCUGUAAGCGAUGGAACGCGAGGUGUCGAUUUCUUCUCUGGCGACAUGUUGUGCUUCUCAGCAAGAAGCAUGUCGCUGGUAUGGCCAAAAUGAUCCAGCGCCGGCCUUCACUGAAGGACGUACCGCGGACAGUAACCUUGUGCAAUCUGGAUAUGCUAAGUGCCUUCGCUACGAGGAUGGUUAGGAAGCUACCCCAAGUGGAAGAGCUUGAGCUGCUUCCGGACGAAACGCCGAGUACGGUGAAAUGGUCCCCUGGUAUGUUCAAUGCAAACACGGCCGACGUAUUCCUGUACCUCUCUGCAUUCACAUCCGUGACCCGUUUGUCAUUGUUCCACGUUCAGUUCCCGUCGCCGGUCAUUUUCGCGCGGCUUAUAUGCGCAUUUCCUCGCCUCAGCCAUCUCUCGUGCCGAUGGGUGCAAUUCCUGAACUUUGACAGCCAUUCAUCCCGUGAGCUACGACUUCACCACAGGCUUCCGGGCGUCAAGUGUCCGACGGGGCUCACUCUCACGCACCUACGGCUAGAGAGCCAGGACAUAGAUGACGUCGUCGAUGUCCUGAUUGCGACCACUAUAGGAACCACUGUCAAGCAUGUUGGAUUCCCAGAUGGAAUCAAUACGCUCGACGCUGGCUGCAAACAGCGCUUAGUAGAAGUUGCGGGAGAGUCGCUCUCUAGCAUGCACAUUGGUAACGUAUCAUCAACGAGAACUACCUUAAAUUUCAAGAGGAGUACAAACCUUCAGGGUCUAUCGUUUACGGUUCAGCAUGGUGACACUGCAGCGAUCGAGUGGUUGUGCAACAUACUGUCCGACAGUGUCUCGGAGGACAAGGUGCUGAAACUUAGCAAAGUGAUGAUCGUCUUCGCCCCAUUGCGGGACCGAGGGCUAUCGCGCAAAGAUAUAUGGGACGCAGUGCUUAAUUUCAACGAAGAGGCGUACCUUCGUCUCGACCGGCUCUUGUCUGGACCCCAAUUCGCCAAUAUCACCACGGUCUGCUUUGAGUUUAUUAAAAUAGAUGAGCUCUUUCCCUCUGUGGAUGAAUUCUGGGCGGCCCUCUCGGCCAGAUUCCCGAGGUUGAUCGCGCGAGGAGUGUUUCGGUGGGUCGCGCUGCGUUCUAAAUCUUGA